AUGUUCCCCAAGGCCACUCUCGUCGCUACCGUCUCUCUUGCGCUGCUUACCUCUGCGAACCCUAUUGACCGGGGAACGGGAUCGUCGAUCCCUUUCGCGAAGCGCAGUGGGCUCACCACGGAGGACGGCAUCUUUGACCAUCAGAGGGCCAUCAUCAGUACGAUCCAGACUCACAACAAGCAUCGCAGGAACUUGAUGAACCUGCAGGCAAACGAUGCCGCAAGUAUGAGCGAGGGUGCUGAGGUCAGGCCGCUCCGAACGUACGACAGUCUGGACAAGCGCCAGAAGGAAGCAACCACUGACGAAGGGAGUGACCUCGAGUGGGCUGGCACCAUCUCCAUUGGCACUCCUCCGCAGGAAUUCCUGAUCGACUUCGACACCGGGUCUGCCGACCUAUGGGUGCCGUCGACCAACUGCACUCAGUCCGCGUGCAGCUCUAAGCACAAGUACAAUGCAGCCAACUCAUCGACGUCUGCGAUGCAGUCGGGCACAUUCUCCAUUCAGUACGGCGAUGGUUCCACAUCCUCCGGACCCGUCCUCACCGACACCGUCUCGGUCGCGGGUAUCAAGUCGACAGGGCAGUACCUCUCUGCCGUAACGUCGCUGUCGAGCGGCUUCGCCGCCGAUCCGCUCGACGGUAUCCUCGGAAUGGCGUACCAGAAGAUCUCGACGCUCAGCCACCCGCCGUUCGUCAACCAGGCGAAAUCUGAGGGCAGCAUCAAGGAUGCUGUCUUUGGCAUGAAGCUCGCACACACCGGGUCUGAGUUAUACAUCGGCGGGACCGACACUUCACUCUAUCAGGGCUCGGUCGAGUACCACGCCAUCACCGGCUCGGGCUUCUGGCAGAUCUCGGGAGCAAGUGCGCUCGUUAACAACAAGACCACCAACUCUGGUUUUCAGACUGUCAUCGAUAGCGGCACCACCAUCAUGUACGGUCCGCCCAGCGCUGUCAAGACGUUCUACGCCUCCGUGCCGGAUUCAUCGGUCUUUGACUCGACCAACGGCUUCUACCAGUUCCCAUGUGACUCCGUCCCCCCCGUCGCUUUCAACUGGGGCGGUAAGAACUGGAACGUCAGCGCGGCGAACUUCAACCUCGGCCAAACGUCGAGCGGAUCCAAGUACUGCGUUGGUGCUCUGGCCGGCCAGGAUCUCGGCCUCGGGGGCAACGUGUGGUUGCUCGGGGACAGCUACAUGAAGAACGUGUACUCCGUCUUCUCAUUUGAUCAGAACUCCGUCGGCUUUGCUGCGCUGUCUUAG